GGCCAAGCAUCACCUACAAUGCGAUGAGGAAAUCUGGCAGAAAUAGCAUAAAAAGCGUUGCAAUAAACUCAAGCAGUUUCUUAUGGAGGAACAUCUUUUAAUAAAAACAUCUUUAGAUGAGAUAAUGAAAAGUACAUUUUUGAAAAAGUUUACCAUUCUAAAAUGUCCAUGAAAUCUGCUCACUUGCAAGCCUUGUUUGCAAGACGACGUGAAAACGAACAUAAUCGAAUUGAACGCACCGAAGCGGUCAAUAAAUAUUACGAUCAUUGGGGUAAAGUAACAGCUCGUUUUGAAAACUGGACUACACCCGAGUACUACAAGCAAGCCGAGAAACAACUACAAACAACACAGCAGCAGAAAGCAAAACUUAAAAAUUUAGCCGAAAGACAACAAAAACUAGCACAGCUGUUGGAUAUUGAAAAGAAAAGUUAUGAGCUGGAAUUGCAACAAAAGGAAAGAAGUAGGAAUCCACGCAGAAGUUUAGAUACCAAGACCCUAGAGAAAAUCGAUGACAAUUUAAAGCAACAACAGCAAAUGAGACGCAAACUGGAGUUAGAGGCUAAACUUUAUGGUAAAUGGCGUCAUGGAGUGGAUGAUGAUAAUUUGGUAUUUGAAUCGAAGAGUGAUAAUGAAGUAUUGGCCAAACUUAAUUGGUUGGACAAACAGGUGGCUCAGCAAUUACAACGCGAAAAAGAGGAAGAGGCGGCUAAGGAGAGACAAAUAAAAUUACAGCAUGAACUCAAUAAAACUGAAGAACUGCAAAAGGAGAGACAACUAAUCAGGGAGAAUGAAAUUCGAGAAAUACGCUAUUUGCAGGAGUAUCACAUGGAUCAACUAAGAGAACAGCAAAAGGAGAUUGAUGAUCUGAAGGAAAAAGAAAAACAGUUGAAGGCCAAUUUAAAUGAAUUUGAAAAAGAGCUGGAGUUAUUAGAAGAAUCCUAUGCCGUUUUAAGUAAAUCAGUGGAUUUCGGUGAUGCUCACAACUUUAAAAAGAUCAAAAUUUUCAUACGCAAAAGAUCAGAAGUAUUUCGUAAUCAAAUUAAACUUUGUUUGAGCAUUUUGAAAAGAUCUAUUGGUAUUGCUGAAAACCCUCAAAUAUUAAAAAAUUUCAAGGCAGAGUUGGAGCUGCAAUUAGAAGCGGAAAAUCAAAAACUUUCACAAAUUGAGGGCAUGUAUGAAUCGGAGGCUAAGUAUAAUCUACAGGGUACUGAACAAACCUGGCAGCAAGAGCAUAAAGAACGUUAUGAGAAACUGAAACAGCUGCUAAAGGAGGAACAUUUUUUAAUAAAAACUACAUUAAAUGAAAUUAUGCAAAGACAUGAAGAACUCUUGGAAAUAAAAUCUACCCAUUUGGGAAUUAUAGAAAAUUCCAGUGAGAAAUUGAAAAUCUUAAUACAAGAGGAAGAAAACUCACCACGAUAUCAAGCAUGCAAAUCUUUAGAACCAGCAAAACAAGCGGAAUUUUCACCACGACAUAAAAUUACUAAUAAUAUACACAGCCAGUUAGAGGAGUCAAAAGAUACACCACUCUAUUCACCACGAUGUUGUGCCUCUGUGAAAUCCUUGGAACUGGACGAACCUCAUCACCAAAUAGACUUUUCAUCGCGUCGUAAUUGUUAUGAAUCGAAUAAUAACAAUAUGUCUCCUAAAAAUAACGACAUCAAUCAAAUUUCAAGAUCAUUUACCAAUUUAAAUCUGGAUGUUUGGCAAAGCCAGCAAGCUCCUCCUUCUCAGCGAGAUUUGGAAACUCAAAAGACAAAUGCUCAACGCUCGUUACAAGUUGUCACACCCGAGACUGAGGCAGAACGACCAAGAUUUGGUCGCAAACGUGUGGCCUGGAAUUGAAUAAAGUUCUAGUGUUCCUGCGAAAGAAAACCAGUAUUCUUAUUUGCAUUUAGUAUAUUUUGGACUUGAUUUAAGAAAUUAUAUGUUUUAUGUAGUUAUAUUUACAUUAUUACAAAUAAAUACUUGCUGCCUUGCCUGAGCUAAAUCAAAAAUGUUAACGAA